AGCACCGAGAUACGGACGUCUUUUCAUUACAAAUGAAUGUAAUUCACUCGCUUUGCCUCCAUUUUACUGAUUCACUGCAGCGAUUUUAUGAUUCCCUUUCUGUUGUCAAGGCGGUACAUACAAAUUGAAGCAUUCAUAUAAGUAGCUACGUCGAUAGGAUUGCAAAAAUCCAUACUUCAAGCUAAGCCUAUAAAAAUGAUCACAAACUAAGGCACGGAUAAUCUCUAAUCCCCUCUGCAUUUCCUUUUACUAUUUUUGUUGAAUCAGUGCACUGUUUUUGGCGGGAAAUAGACACUGAGUGGCCCGGCUGUGCUCUCGAUAGCGACUGUUGUAUAAUUUUAGAGAAAGGAGAUUUUGUUUUGGUCCACCAGUGCCGCGACGGUGGUUCGUGGCAUUUUCAUAUCGUUGCAAGUCCGUUUCGCUCGCUAUUUGUAUAGCGGCGUUGCCGUUCCGUCUGGUGGCUCGGGCUCGAUUCUCGGUCGGGCCGCCGCGGCUGGAGGCGCUGCGAGCAGUCAGUCGGCCGCGCAGCACGGUGCGCGACGUUCGUCCGAGCCAGGGCUCCGCUCGCGUCCCCCAGUGUCCUGCGCCAGUGUCGCGGGUGCGAGAGAGACAGCACUAGGAGUGAGCGAGACAGCGCUAUGGCAGUGUCGCAACCUCGCCCACCUGACCGUGUUGACGCCGCGCUCGAAAAAGUUGCGCCGUUGCGCUAUUUGGAGGCGCACGAAUGUGCUCGCUCGGAGCAAGCCGUGACGCGCUAUUAUCUUUAUUCAUUGUCUCGAAACUGUUUUUUGAGUUAUAAAAAGGGGUUUCUAUGUGCAAUCGAAGAUAUCGACGUGUCAGCAUUUAAUAUUCAACGGUGAUCGUGUGAUGGGAAAUCGCUGAUCAUCAAGAUGAUGAAACGCACAGGUGUACCGCGGCUCGGGCCUGAUGAGCCCUCGCCUAUGCCUUCGCAGAGUCAAGCUCAGAUUCAACAAGCAGGUUCAAGCAACAUGCACACUUUAGCCCAGUCGGCUCAACCCCAAAUAUUGGACAUACGUUCCCCAGCGGGGCCCACAACCCUGCUCUCAGUAGGAGGCGGGAGCUUCGCCCGCACGGCCGCGCGGCCGGCAGCGGGGCCCGUCAUCAACUACCUGAAGACCGGCGCCGUGCAGUAUGCUGCUAAACAGCCGCCGCCCCAGCAGGUGCCGCAGAGGCUUAAGGCACUACCACCACAACAGGCCAACUUAGGGGCCUUACCCGCGGCCCUAGAGCGCCAAUCCCCCGCCCCCGCACCUCUAGCAACACCCCCCGGCGUGGGAGUGGGCCCAGGGGCCCAGCAGCAGGCCGCCGGUCAGUUCCAGCGUCUGAAGGUGGAAGAUGCUCUGUCGUACCUUGAUCAAGUCAAGUACAAGUUUAAUACGCAACCCCAAGUCUAUAAUGACUUUCUGGAUAUCAUGAAGGAAUUCAAGAGUCAGACUUCGUAUUCCAGUAUCGACACCCCGGGAGUCAUCACCCGGGUAUCGAACCUGUUUAAAGGGCAUCCGGAGCUGAUUGUGGGAUUCAACACAUUUUUGCCGCCGGGAUAUAAGAUUGAAGUACAGAGUAAUGGACAGGUAUCAGUGUCGAUGCCGUCUCCGACCGGGUUCGGCGGCGGCGUGGUGUUAGGGGUGCAACACCCGCCGCCUCCCCCGCCGCAGUUGGUACAUCUUUUGCCGGUUGCACAGGAGGCUGAGAAAGAAGCAGUUCGUAGAGCUAACUACUCUAACAUGGAAAUGUCAGUAAACAACGCGAUAGUACACAAUCUAUCAGUGAACGCGGCGCCAACCAACACGCUGCACCAGAUCUCUCAGGCACAUCAGCAGAUUGAGGCCGCCGCUAUACAUCAUGCUGCUGCUCCUGGGUCAGCGGCGACGAACCCGCCGCAUGUGGCUCCGGCGCCGCCCAGCCAGCCGGUUGAAUUCAAUCACGCUAUUGAAUAUGUUAAUAAGAUUAAGUCCCGCUUUUCUCGUCAACCGGAUAAGUACAAGAGGUUCUUGGAGAUUUUGCACGCGUACCAGCGAGGACAUCGGGAGAUGAAGGAGCCGCAAGCUAAGCAGCAAACUGAACAGGAGGUUUAUUCUCAGGUGGCGAAAUUAUUUGAGAAUCAAGAGGAUCUCUUAGCAGAGUUCGGUCAGUUCCUGCCGGACGCCAAGGCGGUGAGCAAGCCGCCAGAACGCGAGAGACAUUAUGUACGCGACAACCCAACGCCACAGCACCAUCAGCCACCUCGAGUGGAGAGCGAGCCGGAACGCUUCCCGCCCGCCGCCUCGCCGCCGCCACAUCAUCAUCAUGCUCCUCAGCAGCUACCAAAACACCCGAGUUCGACAUCAAGUACAGUGACGCAGCCGCAUCAGCAUCUCAAGAGAUCUCCCAGUUUCACCUCCUCCAGUCAGAUGGCAGUGGGAGCCCCGCCAGCGAAGAAGUCCCGCGUAUCAGGGCUGACAGGCGCCACGGUCCGCGACGUGUCGUACGCGGAGGCGUCGAAGCUGGCCACGGUGCACGACUUCAACUUCUUCGACAGGGCUCGCAAGGCACUGCGCUCGCAGCACGUCUAUGAUAACUUCUUGAGAUGUCUCCUUCUAUUCACGAACGAGAUAAUAUCGUCGUCGGAGCUGCUCUGCGUGACGGCGCCGUUCCUGUGCCGACAUCCGGAGUUACAGAAGUGGCUGCAGGACUUCCUGGGGCCACCUUCUCCGCCACACACUCCUACGAAUACUUUGCAUAGCGGCUACAACAACUCAGGUUUGGGUGUGUCUACGGGCGGCGUGUUCGACCGAGCUCGGCAUGACAAGCGCUACGAGCCGAUCGGCCAGCUCGGGGCACAGCUGCGCCACGACCGGCCGCAGGGCGACGCCGCCAUGGAUAUAGAUCUAACAACCUGCAAGCGCCUCGGCACGUCAUACUGCGCCCUCCCGCGUGAAGCCGCGGCUCGUCGCUGCUCCGGGCGCACGGCGCUGUGCCGCGACGUGCUGAACGACACGUGGGUGUCCUUCCCCACGUGGAGCGAGGACUCCACCUUCGUUACCUCGCGCAAGACCAUGUAUGAGGAGUAUAUUUAUCGCUGCGAGGAUGAGCGGUUUGAGCUGGACGUAGUUAUAGAAACGAACGCAUCAACAAUCAGAGUCCUAGAAGGAGUCCAGAAGAAGCUGUCCCGCAUGACGGCGGAAGACGCCGCCAAGUACCGGCUGGACGAGUGCCUCGGCGGACACUCGCCCACCAUACACCAGCGGGCGCUGCGCCGGAUAUACGGUGAUAAGGUGGCGGUGGAUAUUAUAGCUGGUCUCAAGAAGAACCCUGUGGUGGCGGUGCCCGUUGUACUGCGGAGACUGAAAGCCAAGGAGGACGAGUGGCGGGAGGCGCAGAAAGGCUUCAACAAGCAAUGGCGCGAACAAAACGAGAAGUACUACUUGAAGUCUCUCGACCACCAAGGCAUCAACUUCAAACAGAAUGACUUGAAGGCCAUGCGCUCGAAGUCGCUGUUCAAUGAAGUCGAAGCCGCGUACGCUGCCCGAAGACCAGGACCGCAUGUUGUGGUCGAUUAUAAGAUGCAGAGUCGGCAGGAAGCAAUAAAAAUCCUCCGCGACACAGCAGAGCUUCUAAUCCACCACGCUCGACGUCAGACAGCGAUCCAGAAGACUGAGAAGCGUCGCAUCAAGCAGUUACUGCGCCAGUUCCUGCCAGACCUGUUCGCGCAUCCUCGACAGCCGCUGUCUGAUGACGAGAGGGAUGAAGAUCUGUUUGGUUGCGCAGACGACAAGGACGAAGCCGGCAGUCCCGGCAGCCCGCCAGCCGACGCCAAUGAUAACACCAGCAAUUCUGUUAAACAGGAGAAGCAGGAGUCAUCAGAAUCUGAUAACGCGUCCGACAAGAGCGGGAAAAAUAAUAAGAAUAAGGAAAAUAAGCCUAAGAACAAUAAUAAUACUGAUAGUAAAGAAAGUUCGAAUGCAUCAGCGAAUAGCGUGAAGCGAACGAGCAGUAACGAGGAGAUGUCCAUGAAGACUGAGAUUAAAGCGGAGCCCGAGCUCGACGAUGAUUAUAGAGAUCAUCCGCCUAAUGAAGCCCGCUUCGUAUGCACAUCGUCCUGGUACCUGUUUCUGCGCGUGCACGGCGCGCUCUGCCAGCGCCUCGGCGCCGCCCGACGCGCCGCCGCCGCCCUCUCCGCAGCCCGCGCCCGGGAGAGACCAGCCCGGCCUCCUGUCGCCCACGCCCUGCGCCUCCGCCCCUCAAACCUACCCCCAGAUGCCGCAGAACCCAGCCACUACUACGAUGUACUGCUAGAACUCGUCCGAGCAGUACUAGACGGCAAUAUGGACCCCCCAGCGUACGAAGACGCCGCGCGAGAGAUGCUCGGCAUUGAGGCUUAUCCAGCCUACACGCUCGACAAACUCGUAGCAAGCGCCGUCAGGCAGUUACAGCACUGUGCGUCAGAACCCUGGUCUGUGAGGUGCGCGGAGCUAGCAGCGAGAGGCGGCAUGAGAGGCCCACCAGCCUAUGUCAGACGAGCGGCGAGAUUACUGCGACGAGACCACACAGCCUUCCUCGUCAAGUUAUACGGCGGAGACGCCUGCAGAGUCACAUUUGAGCUCCUGCCAGGAGAGCCGAGAGAACCUGAGCCCCGUUGGCGCUAUCCACGGACACCGGCGCCGCGGAAACCAGUCUUUCUAUUACGAAAUGCCCGAGCGAGAGCACCCGGGUACACACACAACGCGCAUUCUCAACCAGCCGCCGUCGGACCCGCUCGAGUACACCGCCGGAAGCCUGAAGCUGCCCUACCCCGGCUGCUAGGCUUCCGGCCGCUGCAGCUGUACGCCCGCGGCGCCCUGGCCGCCGCCCGGGCAUCUCAUGCCCGGCUCCACGCGCGCCGCCGCGACGCCUUCCGCGCCUGGCUGGCGACGCAACCCGCCCGCGCCGACACGUUCUAGUGCCGCCAAACACACGCUCCACACACUUACUUAUUAUAUUUAUAAUAAAAUUAUUGAUGACUUUCA